AUGAAGCCAGCAGAGAUCACAGUCUCUCUACAGAGACCUCUACAGCACAGAGAUACAGCCAUGGCACCUACAAUCACUGCAGCAAUGACCAAUUCUCAGGACCACCUGACUCUCACCCACAAGCUCAGAAAGCCUCUGGUGGAGAAGUUACGCAGAGAGCGAAUCAACAGCAGCAUCGAGCAGCUCAAGUCUCUCCUGAGUCCAGAGUUCCUCAAACAGCAGCCAGACUCCAAGCUGGAGAAAGCAGACAUCCUGGAGAUGACAGUUUGUGUCCUGAGACGGCUGCAGCAGCAGCAGCAGCAGCAGCAGCAGCGUCGAGCUGUGGACUCAGCAGCUGUUGAUCAGGGCUACUCCAGGUGUGUCCAAGAAGUAGACCACUUCCUGUCCAGGGAGCAGGUGAAGACACAGUCCCAGAGAAGUCUUCUGAACCACUUCAACAAGCUGCAGUUCUCCUCUGAUGAGGACCUGAGACAGGCUGACAUCUCUCUGCUGAGCUCUACAGUCCAGACCAGCAUCACCAAAGACAAGAGACCAGUCAACAGCGCCCUCUGGAGGCCCUGGUAG